GAGAUGGACCGGGAUCAGAACCAGGACUCGGAGAUGGACCGGGAUCAGAACCAGGACUCGGAGAUGGACCGGGGUCAGAACCAGGACUCGGAGAUGGACCGGGGUCAGAAUCAGGACUCGGAGAUGGACCGGGGUCAGAACCAGGACUCGGAGAUGGACCGGGGUCAGAACCAGGACUCGGAGAUGGACCGGGGUCAGAACCAGGACUCGUCCAGCAUCAGGACCAGAGCAGGAUCUUCCUCUGCUGGUCUACAGAAACAUAAAGGCAAAGGGAGACCCACAAGUUAUCGCUGUGAUCACUGCAAGAAAGUCCUCACCACUUCAUCAGCUCUGAGAAAACAUAAGAUGAUUCACACUGGAGAUAAACCGUUCACUUGUGAUCAGUGUGGAGCUGCUUUUACCAGACAAGGUCAUCUAAAGAUUCACCAACGUAUUCACACUGGAGAUAAACCGUUCACUUGUGAUCAGUGUGGGGCAGCUUUUACCAGACAAGAUCAUCUAAAGAUUCACCAACGUAUUCACACUGGCGAUAAACCGUUCAAAUGUGAUCAGUGUGGAGCAGCUUUUACCACAUCAGGUAAUCUAAUGGCUCACCAACGUAUUCACACUGGAGAUAAACCGUUCAGAUGUGAUCAGUGUGGAGCAGCUUUUACCACAUCAGGUAAUCUAAUGGCUCACCAACGUAUUCACACUGGAGAUAAACCGUUCAGAUGUGAUCAGUGUGGAGCAGCUUUUACCACAUCAAGUCAACUAAAGAAACACCAACGUAUUCACACUGGAGAUAAACCAGUCACUUGUGAUCAGUGUGGAGCAGCUUUUUCCAGACGAGAUAAUCUAAUCACUCACCAACGUAUUCACACUGGAGAUAAACCUUUCAGAUGUGAUCAGUGUGGAGCAGCUUUUACCACAUCAAGUCACCUAAAGAAACACCAACGUAUUCACACUGGAGAUAAACCGUUCAGAUGUGAUCAGUGUGGAGCAGCUUUUACCACAUCAAGUCACCUAAAGAAACACCAACAUAUGCACACUGUAGAUAAACCAUUCAGAUGUCAUCAGUGUGGAGCAGCUUUUACCACAUCAAGUCACUUAAAGACUCACCAACGUAUUCACACUGGAGAUAAACCGUUCAGAUGUGAUCAGUGUGGAGCAGCUUUUACCACAUCAAGUCACCUAAAGAAACACCAACAUAUGCACACUGUAGAUAAACCAUUCAGAUGUCAUCAGUGUGGAGCAGCUUUUACCACAUCAAGUCACUUAAAGACUCACCAACGUAUUCACACUGGAGAUAAACCAUUCAGAUGUGAGCAGUGUGGAGCAGCUUUUACCAGACAAGAUCAUCUAAUCACUCACCAACGUAUACACACUGGACAUAAACCGUUCAGAUGUGAUCAGUGUGGAGCAGCUUUUACCACAUCAGGUGGUCUAAGCACUCACCAACGUAUUCACACUGGAGAUAAACCGUUCACUUGUGAUCAGUGUGGGGCAGCUUUUACCAGACAAGAUCAUCUAAAAAUUCACCAACGUAUUCACACUGGAGAUAAACCGUUCAGAUGUGAUCAGUGUGGAGCAGCUUUUACCACAUCAGGUGGUCUAAGCACUCACCAACGUAUUCACACUGGAGAUAAACCGUUCAGAUGUGAUCAGUGUGGAGCAGCUUUUACCACAUCAGGUAACCUAAAGAAACACCAACGUACUCACACGAGUGAUGAACUCUAAAGAUGUGAUCAGUAUGAAGUGGGUUCAGACUAAACACAGUCUGAGACACAUGGGUCUACUGAACUGUCCCCCCAAGAUCCACCACCACCGGUUAUGCCGCCAGAGCGUGAACCAGAAUGAGUAGUGAGACGUAUCGUCAGGUUCAGAGACUAGUUCCUGGUCUAAUGACUUUAAAAAAAAAAAAAAGAUGGUAGAAUGAACACAGACGAGAUGUGAAAAUCUGUUGUCAUAAAUGUUUACUGACUUAGUUGUAUAUUGUGUUCAUUAUGUCUUCAGAUAGAUAUCCUAAGGUUUCUUUUUUCCAGACAAAGUUCCGACUUCUUACCUUCCGUCUGACAGUUCCAGCGGUUCUCCCGCCUUCCUCAGAGUGUCACGUGAUGGGAAGUGACAACGUCCUUAUCAGCUGUUUUUGUGACCAACCUGUGAGGUUUGACAGGUCGGCCACGCCCCCCGCUGUCCUCCCGCCACUCCAAGAUGCUGGUCCAUGUGUGAGAGAGCUGUGGCAGGUUGGUCACACUCUCAUAGUAAAAACAGCUGAUAAGGACUUAGGAUGUUUACUGACUUGUUUAUAAAAUAAUGCUUAUACAGAAAGCAGGUUGUUCUGUUAAGAAGCAGGUUUAUUGGAUAU